AUGCCGAAAAAUAAGAAGGGAGCUUCUACGCCUCGUGGCGCAAAGGGUGCCCGAGGCGGACGAGGAGGUCGCGGAGGUCGAGGAGCAUCUCGCGGACGCGGCAACUAUUCUCCUGCGCCUACCCGAGUGAACUUCAUCAGAGAAGAGACCACCGCUGGGUUUACACUUGCGGACGAAGCUCGACAGACUUCCCAGCAUGACCCUUCCAGAUGGAAUAACUUGCGCAUGCGUCCCGUCAAGUUUGUCAGUGCUGGGCCAACUGAACCGUUGAAACUACUCGACGUGCUGCUUGACGAAGAAAACGAUGAAGUCGAAGAACCUGCCACCACGGCGUCGCCUGAAACCAACACCCAACGAGACAUGCAAGUCGAUACACAAUAUGAGUCCGACAACGAGAUUGACAACCACGGCGAGAGAGGCGGGCAUGAAGCGGACGUGGAAGAGGACUCAGACGAAGAUGAUCAUUUUAUCGGACCCGACGAACUCGAAGAAGCUAUUCAAGCCCAAGUAGAGCCCGACAAUGAAACCCCGGAGGAACCAUCGUUCUUCUUUGAUCUGAAAGGAGACCAAUCACAGCCCAGGCUUCAGCAGGGCUCAGUCAAGAUCCCAGAGCGACCGUCUUCAAGAAGCAGCAGCUCGAGCGAGGAGGUUAUCCUGUUUAAGGGUCGCGCAGCCCCACGAAAGCCUCUGCAGACGGAAGAGAUCAGCAUGGCUCAAAUGCAGACCGAGAUACGGGUCGUCGAGCAAACAAUCAUCACUGAGUCGGCAGCAGCAUCGUCACCCGCACCCGAACUAAGCGUGGAGCCACCGAAUAGCAAGAAACUCUCUAAGAAGGAGAAGAAGCAGAAACAGCGCGACAAGAGAAACGCACGAAGACAACUCCAGGAGGAGGAAGAUGCCAUCCUCGCCGACUAUAUUGCCAACAUGAAGGAAAACAGCGACGACGAAUAUUUCCGACAACUCAUCAACGGCGGAAGCGACUCUGACGAUGCCGAAGAGGAUGCUUCUGACUCACCUAUCGCAACAUCCAAACAGCAACGCGCCUCCUCCAAGCAAAAGGCUCCGGAGACAAGCGACUCAGAUGAAGACCAAGAGGAGGAUUUGUCCGAAGAAGACGACGAGGACAACGAAGUACCCAGUGAAAUCGACGAUGAGACGCUGGCAAGACUUAUUGCCGGCCAAGAAUUGAGCCAGGACUUGGGCAUGGAGGACGUCAAUUUUGGCGAUUCAUCGAGCGAUUCGGACUCUUCCAAUGACAAGGCCAAGAAGCGACAGCAGGUGAUUGAUGACGAUGUUGAUCUGAUGGAUUGGGAACGACCCAGCUUGCGACGACGCAAAGGCAAGGGCGCAAAGGCGCAGAUCACCUUCAAUUUAUCCGACUCGGAAUUGGAGGCGCAACUCCAAGCCGCCUGGAAAACUGACCGACAAAAGAAGUCGGAACGUAAGAAGCAGCGAGAGGAGUUGCGCGCGCUUGGGAUGCUCGGAAAGAAGGCCAACCCCGACGAUCUUCGUAUCAAAUACCCGGAUGGCAUGAACAUGGAGCAGGUUGCAGAAGAGCUACGAACGUUCCUCGUUAGCUCUGAUGAGCAACUUGCGCUGCCACCCAUGGACAACCAUGCCCGAAAGAUGAUCCAUGAGCUGGCCAAUAAAUUCAAAAUCAAGUCCAAGUCGACGGGCAAGGGAGACCAGCGGAGACCGACUCUCUAUCGUACAGGUCGCACGCUUCCCUACGUAGCAGUGACAUUCGACCAAGCCAUUAAUCGCGUCAACCGGCGAUACUUCCCUCGACUCGACAUGAAAGGUAAAAAGUCGAAUCGGCUCCCACCUGUCCGUGGCGGCGCAAGUGUUGCAGCUGCGACCUAUCAAGAUGGUGAGAUCGUCGGUGGCUCAGCGCCAGAGCUUGGUGUUGAGAAUCGCGGUCGCGCGAUGCUGGAAAAGAUGGGGUGGAGUUCUGGUACGGCGCUGGGUGCCAUGAACAACAAGGGAAUUCUGCAACCUGUCACGCACGCGAUGAAGCGGUCAAAGGCCGGACUCGGCUAG